AUGUCUUGUUGCUCUCAGCAAGUGUGUCACGAUCAAGUCCCUAAAACGCCGAGACCAGCAUAUAAGAAUCCAAUUGUGAGGAAAUUAAAAGUGUUUGUUGGUGGAUUACCCCAAGGCCUACAAGAAAGUGAUUUGAGAGAAUAUUUUAAUAAUUUUGGCGAUGAUGUUGUCGAGGUUGAGAUAAAAAUGGACAAGGUCACUGGUCGCUCGCGCGGCUUCGGCUUUGUCACUUUGAUGAACGGAGACUCGACCAGACUUUUUAAUAACAAGCACAGAAUCAAGAACAAAGACAUUGAUGUCGAUGAAGUUACCGAGACGAAGAUUUUCGUCGGCGGUUUGAACCCAGCAACGGGAGAGCAAGCCGUUGUUGACUAUUUUUCCAAGUAUGGUGCGAUUGUGAACUGUGAGCUCGCCUUCGACUACGCGGGAAUGUCCAGAGGCUUUGCCUUUGUUAUCUUCGAGGAUGCGGAAGCUGUCCAUAGAACUCUCGACGCUUGUCCCUCGGGCCACACGAUAGAGGAUCGAAUGGUUGAUGUACGAAGGGCUGAACCUCGCAAGAAGCUUCCGGUGAGUGCUUAG